AUGCUGGACAUCACCAAGGCACACCCGCCCAAUGGGCUGCCAGAGGAUGUCUACUUUUGCUCCUAUUUGAACCAGACGGCAGCUUCAGUGAACGAGAGCCGGGUGUUUUCCGUGGAAGAGCGGCUGAGCCCUCAGGAGACGGCCCCCGAGGAGCCCUCCGUGGGCGUGCACGCGCUGGACCGGCAUUGGGCGCCUUGGGACUCGGCAGAUGCGUUCGAGGCAUUAUGCCCAGGCUUGAUCCAGAUGCUGACGUGGAGGGACAGCAUAGAUGACAGCCCCGGCUGGACGAACAGCGAGGCAGUGGUGCAGGACUCGAAGCCCCGGCUGAUCCUGCUGGCCGACUCUCCCGCGCCCGAAGCCGAAGCGCGGCCGGACGUGGUGCACCUCCCGAGCCUCGCGGAGCAUCUGACCCGCUGA